AUGCGUGUUUUUGCGAACAUGAUGGAUGUCGAUAGGCUUACUGUACAACACCUAUUAGGAGAAUACGGGGAAGCAGAUAAAAAUGACGUCAAACUCGUUUUAAAAUUUAACCUCCGAACGAUAUACUUGAUUGGUUUUCGCGCUGUCAUUUUUAUCUGUUAUUCUCCUUUCUCCACAGACCCUCACGAGCUGGCGAGGCAGAACGUUAUCACCAAGCAGAUCUUAGAAGCUUUUAUUCAGAAGAAGCUGGGACUAGCUAGCACUAAUGUUAAAGCACCUUCAAUCUUUGAUAUUCUACCAGUAAAAAAGAUAGAAGACAGACCAAUAAGACAGUCAAACAAUCGUAACCUAAAAAAAAUACCAUCAGAAAUAGUAGAGGAUAUACCUGAAGAUGAAGAAAUACCAGAAGAGUCAGAAAUGUCAGAUGAUUCAGAGCUACCAGAAGAUAUGGCAGAAAAUUCAGACGUUCCAGAGAAUUUCGAAUUGCCGGAAAUAUCCGUCCAAGAUUAUGGAGAGGACGACAACUUGCAAAGCGUCGAGAGUGAACAAGUAGACUCCGUUUACUCCGAAGGUAGGAGCAAAAAGUAUACAAGUCAGUUAAUUGAAGGCGAAUCGGAACCUUAUAAUCAAUGUUCAAGUUGCGGCGAUGGCGACGAGCUAGGCGUAACGCGGUGGACGAUGCCUCUUCUUAAAUCUGGAGAAAAAAGAUAUUACCUAGGAAUAUUCUUUAAGGCAAAUUGGUUCAAAGCUCAACAAUACUGCAGAUUCCACGGCAUGCACCUGGCUUCGGUCUCGACACAAGAAGAAAACGACCGGCUAGAGAAAUACGUCAGAGAGUCGGGUUACGGUCGCGAACACUUUUGGACAUCAGGUACAGACUUGGCUGAAGAAGGCAACUUUUUCUGGAUGGCCAACGGCAGGCCCCUCACCUUCGUCAAUUGGAACGCCGGCGAGCCCAACAACUUCAGAUACGAGAACGGUGAAGAAGAAAACUGCCUAGAAUUAUGGAACAGAGACGACAAGGGUCUGAAAUGGAACGACUCACCUUGCUCCUUCGAAACAUACUUUAUUUGCGAAGUUCGAACUGAUUAAUGAACAAAUUUAACAUUGCAUCAAAGGCACAAUUUAAAUUUUAUUUCGAAAGCCUUUAGUACUAAAUGAAGGUCACAAUUAAUGCAAUAAAAUAUCUACAAUUCUUUAUAUAAAAUAUUUUUAUGAUGUGCAAUCAAUACUUAUCUGUACAAUCUUAUAAAUAGUACAUACGGAUAUCGUUAGUACAAUUCCGUCGAUAUUUUAGAUUCAUUGAAUUCUCAUAUUCGUGUCGAAUGCAAUGUUAUGCUAGUAAACGCUUGCUUUGUUGUGAUACCGACAUAGUGUGCUAGAAUUUCGAUUUCUUUAUUUUUAUAUAAUAAUAUUUAAUUUUCUAACAAAAGGAAAAAUUCUACAAAGAAUUUGGUCAGUAGACGUUAAAAAAAUCGCUUGUUAAUUAUUUUCAAUAUUGGAAAUUAUCUGGAAGGUUGCGUCAAUAAAAUAAACUUAUUUAUUUUAUAAUAUUUACUAUGUACGAAAUUAAGUUGAAGUACAAUAUAAUUAUGUUAUGUUAGAAAAAAAUUGGAAUCAAAAAAAUGUUAUUUCGUUCAUAUGAAACGAUCACUGCCUAAUGAUCUAUAAGAAUAAAUCUCUAAACCUAGAGUUCAACGGGAUGCGUAUGUGUCCAUAGUCAAACGUAGUAGGUUAAAUACAAUAGUUACCUUAGAAAUAUUUGUAUAAAUAGACGUAAGUACCAACAAUAAAUAAGAUUACUGUUA